AUGACUACCCCCAUCACAACCCUCCACGAAUCCAAGACCAUGAACGAAACAAUCACCCAAAUCGACACCCCCAGCCCUCAAUCUGACGGCCCCCUGUUCCCCUCAACGCUCAUCUCUCCCGAAGUCAUCGCCAUCCUCCCAGAAAACUACACGAUUCGCCCUCUCCGCCGCUCAGACUACGGCCGCGGCUACCUGGACGUAUUGCGCGUCUUGACGACUGUUGGCGACAUCACCGAGGAAGCCUGGAAUAAGCGCUAUGACUGGAUUACCUCGCGCAAUGAUGAGUAUUACAUGCUUGUUGUUUGUGAUGGAGCAGACCGUGUUGUUGGUACUGGCUCGUUGAUUGUCGAGCGCAAGUUUAUUCAUGAGCUUGGAAUGGUUGGCCAUAUUGAGGAUAUUGCCGUCGAAAAGGGCCAGCAGGGCAAAAAGCUCGGGUUGAGGAUUAUCCAGGCCCUUGAUUUCGUUGCUGCCAAGGUUGGUUGCUACAAGAGUAUUCUCGACUGCUCCGAGGCCAACGAGGGCUUCUACGUCAAGUGUGGGUUCAAGCGUGCUGGCUUGGAAAUGGCCCACUACUAUUGA